GACAACCGUCAAUUUCUGUCAAUAUCAACAAAUCAAUUAAACGUCAAAAUAUUGAAUUUGAUUUCAAGAUGUGAAAAUUGCCUCUAUAUUUGCUAAAAUGAAUUUCUCAUUGUGGUGGAUGUUUACAUAUUAUUUUCGUUCAGUGAUUAAAUGGUUUUUGAGAAAAACAACAGGGCUAUGUGAAUUGCAACGAAUUUGUUACGGUGAGGUGGCCGGAGCACCUCGCAUAAAAAAAGUGGAAAGUUGCUUAUACAUGUCAAAAUCACAUCAAAUAAAACAACUCAUCCAACAUCUUAAUAGCAUUUCUGAUUCUAAUGGAUUCUUCGGUCCAAAUCAUAAAAAUGUAUUAAAUGGAGCAGUUAAGGUUGUAUUAUUAGUGAAAGAAAUUGAUCCAAAAAUACAUUUUCAAUUUGUGAAAAGUUUUGAAAUAUGUGUUAAACAGAUUUGGGGUUAUAGACAACUCAUUGCUGAAGUAGAGCGAUUAAGAACUACCUCUUAUGACAGUGAAAAUCUUGAGCACGAGAACAAAUUAAAUAAUCUGUGGAUGAACCUCAAACCCGAAGAAAAACUUGAAGGUCGGAUUACUAAACAGUGGCAAGAAAUUGGAUUUCAAGGAGAAGAUCCAAAAACUGAUUUUCGAGGAAUGGGUCUAUUAGGUUUAGAAAAUCUAUUAUUUUUUGCUAGCGUUCAUCGUUCGGCAGCUCAACAUGUUCUUAGUCAUUCAUAUCAUCCCAAACACGGUUAUUGUUUUGCCAUUGUAGGUAUUAAUCUUACAAGUUUAGCAUGGUCUUUGUUAAAAGAAGGUAGUGCAAAAACUUAUGUAUAUAAUAAUUGUAUAAAUAUACCUUCAAUAACACUAUUUCAUCAUUUCUAUAGUUAUCUGUUUUAUGAAUUUGACAGAUUUUGGAUGGAAUGUAGGCCUAAAAAUAUAAUGGAGUUUUCAAAUAUCAAAAAUAAAUUUGAAAACAAUAUCAGGUCAUCUUUACAAGAUUCAAACACAGAUUUCAGAAUUGGUGUUACUGUUAAUUAUGUAUAACAUUAUUUGCUUCAUUGGAUGUUGUUUACUUUAUUAGAAAAUAACAUGGCGAUUCACAACUUUUACAGUCAUACAGGGGAUUGAUGACCUAUGCCUAUAUACAGAAUCGUCCAUCGUACCUUUUCUUUAUAGAAAUAAAAAAGAUAUUUCUAAAAUUUAUUCUUUAUCUCAGAGGAUAUUACUCAUAUUUUUAUGAAAUUAUAGUAGAUCUCUAAUAAAUCUAUAGUCUAAAACAUUAAUAGUCAAGUUUACCUUUAGUCAAAAUAGAAAUUAAACGCUUAUUGCUCUAAUUGUGGUCAGUAGGGGCUACUUUUCAAUGUAUGUUUUUGUUGACGUAUUUUAGAGACUUGAAAAAAAGUCACUUGAGACAAAAGAUAAAGUUACAUGCCUGGAAGUUUAAUUAGUAAUAAUGAUGUUCGAUCUAUAAUUGUUUGUAUAAAAUUACAUGUAGGGUAUAUUUACUUCAUUAUUAAUUAUCAGUUCAGCAAUGAUUUUCAUACAGUAUGUAUUCUGUAGUAUAUUCAGUGAGCUUAAUGUUGUAUGUAGAGGUUUGUAAAUAGUGUACACAAUUACCAGAAUAGUGGUUCUACAUACAAGCCAUUGGCUAUAUUUAGUUUCCAACUGCUUUUACUUAUUCAUAGACUUAAAAAAAUACUCUCCAUAAAAAUGAUAGGCUUACAUGAGUAGGUGACUAAAUGCCUUUCUUAAAGAAAAGUUUAUUUGUUCUUCAAGAAAUGUAUCAAAAUGUUACAAGAAGCGCUCUUGAAUAAUACUGAAAUGAUUUUUUUACUAACCAAAUCAUCAUGCCGUUUAAUCUCUUGGAUCAUCGCUAGCGCUUAGAGCGCAUACAUAUCCCUUUAUUGGUGUGGAUUACUCUCCUUGUCCUUUGUUAUAGUUUUUUUGGCUUUAGCUUCGUCUGUUAGCUUUCUUCAUUCUAUUGUUUUUGCAUUUAGCUUUCCAUUCUACUAUUUCUAAGAUUCUAGUAUCUUCUUCAAUUUGGUUUCUCCAGGUAUUUCCUAUAGGUUGCCUUGAUGUGUCUUGCACAAUUUAGUCUUUGUGCUUUUACAUACUACCAUAUUUUUUUCUCCCAGUUCUUCUAUUUCUUGUGAAGGUAUUUAAGGCACUCAAUAUUAAUUAAGCUCAAAACUUACCUAUGGGCACAUCAUAGUCGCAGUGACGUAUCAUCAUCAACAUAUUUUAUUUAUGAUGUGUAUGUAUAUAAUAAAGAUCAACAUUUAUUUUAAGGAUGCUAUUUUGUGUUUAUAAUUGUAAUAGCAAAAAUUAUUUAGUAGCACGAAUAGGUAUUGUGAUUUUCUUAGAGAAAUAACGAAACACCAGUAGACAUUUUAAAUUGAAUCUCUUGGAAAAGGUUAUUACUAUUUUCUUGAUUAUGUUUUUUGUAUAUUUAUUUUACAAAUCAGGGAUUACUUUUGUAUUUCAGAUUAUUUUGAAAAAUAUUUCCUUUAUGGUUGUAGACAUAGUUGAAAACCUAUUGGUUUUAGAGCCUUAUAUUUUAAAAUUGUUUUUAAUAAAAGCUUGAAUCCAAUUUAGAUUUUUUUUGUCUAGUCAAAAAACGAAUUGAUAUUACUAAUAAAAAUAUAGUUGAAAGGAAACACAGAAAAAAUAAUUUUAUAGUUUAACUAAAUAAUUCUUUUAAAAUUAACUUUGCAUUUCAGAAUAAAAUUUGUGAAAAGUAUAAAAGAUUAAUAUCAUUAUCCCACGCUUUUAGAAUAUCUACAUUAAUUUUCUUGUCAUUUUAUCCUUAUAUUAAAAAAACUUUUUAGUUUGAUUAAAUAUUAAAGUAUGUUCUCAUUUUUUUAACUAUAUAUUCUUUUGAUUUACUUGUGUAGAUAAAUAAAACUAUUAUAUAUGGUAUAAUAAUUGAAAACAGGUAAUAGAAAAAUUGGAAAUGAACUUAUUCUUAAAUGUUAUAGGUGGAUAUAAAUAAAAACAAUUUAUGUUGGUAAUUCAUUUAUAUGACAUCACAGAUUUCAAUUGACAGAAAAUACUAAUCUUUACAACAUUUAUUACGUAGUUGUUGAAAAUCUACAUAAUAAUCGUUAUAUAUUAGACCUAAACAAUUCAGAACAAACGUGGAACUGCUACCCUGACUUCCAUAAAAAUAUUUUUAAUUUGAUCAUAGCUAUUACGUUUUGUACAAUAGGUUGCUAACUGUCUGAAAAUAUUAAUAUAUGAUGAAUGUUGCACGUUUUCACAUGCUUGAAUAUAAGCGGACGAAGGAUUUAAAAAAUCAAAGCAUUAAAACCGUCAAAUCUUCAAAUCGGGAUAAAAAAUUAUACUGUUUUAUUUCUAAAUCAAUGGGAUUGUAUAUUGGAAACUACAUUAUAAUAUUAAUCAUUAUUAUUGCUCAAUCGUGAGAAAAAAUAGGAAAGAUUAUUUAUUAAUAAGAACUGAAUCUUCGCAUUGAGCGUUAAAAGUUUGUCUAUUGGAAAGCCUUUUUCUAGAAAAUAUUAUGAAGAAAACUUUUCAAUACACUCUAAUUAGCGUAUAAUUUUGUUUGCAUAGCAAAAAAUAUUAUGUGGAUAUAUCCAACAAAGUUUGAAAACUAUAUAUUAAAAAAUGAACUGUUAUGUUAUAUGUUUACUAUAUUAUUGAAAACAUUUUUAAAAAUAUGAAACAAUAAUUUGAAUAUACUUUAGGUUUUUUUUCCACAUUUGUUCCUAUUUUAAAUCGAAAGAUUAGUUCUGAAAAAUAAUAAUAAAACAAUUAACAUUUGUGGUAAGUGAUAACGACAUGGAUUCAUAAGAGAAUCUCGUCAUAUUAAGGAAUGUUACAAGUUUUUGCGUAUUUACAAUAUUUAUAAAAAUAUACAAUAUGCUGCUUAACAUCAUGUGUAUUUUUUCUAAAGAUUUUCAAGCAUUUAAUAAUUGAGUAAAUAUUUAAACGCUAUAAUUUUCUAAAUAACGUUAGAAUUUUAUUUCUAUGACCGAAAACGUGUGUAAGGUCUAAGUCAUGAUACAUUACAACCAUAGUAAGUAUAAAUCGAUCAAUGGUAACAUAAAAGUACAAAAGUACUAGUGAUAGCCAAAAAAUAAGUAAGCUUUUGUAAUAUUUCAACAUUAUCUUACUCAUUAUAUAAAAUAAAAUUUCAUAAUAAAAAUAAUAAUCAAUUUAAAUAUGGCGUAACAUUCUAAUACAAAAUGGGAUUGAAUGGGGAUCAUUGUCAUUUUUAGUCAUUGUGUUGACUACUAUAAUAACACGCAUGACCCAACCUGUUUGGUUUGGUUUGAAAACAUGUGCAUAAAGAAGUUUUUUAUUUUUUUUUCAAUAUAAUUUAGAUCAUAAACUGCAAAAAACAAAAAUUGGAAAUUUUCCAAAAAUAUUUUGGAGUAAAUGAAUAUUUUUUUGUAAGCAAAAUGUCUCAUACUAUCCGAUAUAAGGUAUCAAAUUAAUUACAGAUUCAUAAGAAAACCUAAAAGUUGUUUAAUUCUGGUAAAGUAAAGCACUUCGAACAUGGGGUAUAAGUAAGAUAAUUGAAUUUGAUGUUGUUUUGCAUUAUUAAAAUGUUAUUUAAUUAUUUAUUGAAAAUUCAUCUCCUAAGUGAAAUAUUUAUUAUAUAAAAUUUAUCAUAUCAGAAAUUCUAAUUUUAAUGCACAAUUUAAUUUAGAAAUAGAUUUUUGGGAAAUAGCUUAUAAUGUAUAAUAUCUACAUGUCAAAUUUACAUAUUUCUUAUCUUUGCAUCUAAUUAUGAAAUUGCACUUAUUUUUUAUUUGUUGUAAUUGAAUUAUUGUGCGCCUUGUAUGAUAGUUUUACUCAACGCCCUUAUAACGGAUAUUCAACUCCACACGAGAAUAUGGAGUACUGCAACAUUAUUAUUAUAUAUGGUUUUUGAUAAAACUACCACACUUCAGUUUUUAACACAUAUGAUUGACAAAAAAAAUUACUGUUAUAAUCCACAAAUACUCAUAUAAAAACAACUAACAUUUAAAAAGUAUGAUCCCAUCUUAAUAUUACACCUAAUAAUAUCAUAUCAAUUGGUGAAAAAUUCCUAGAAUUUAAUUCAGCAAAUGACUAUCCAAAAAAACUAUGCACUAUCAUAUAGUGAUCACCUUAAUAUGAAGAUAUUUUCGAAAUUAUAAUAUAUAACAUUUGGUAUGAAAAUUUUGAAAAGCCAGAAUUGAAUCUCAAUGUGAAUGAAGAGAAUCAUCUCAUAUAUAAUUAAUGUAUGAAUAAUGAAGCAAAAAUUAAAGAUAUCGCACUCCUAUUUCAAUAUUGCCAUAUCCCAAAAAUUGACAUUUUCCGUUCAAUGUAUACUUUAAGAUGAUGGAUUUAAUAGUACCAUAUUACCAUAUCAUUGGUAUUAACUGAUUCCGCGUGAGGUGCCAAGUGGCACUAUUAUGAUUUACUCGUGACUGUAUGCACCAUCAGUAGGGCCGUAAGCCAGUAUGUCAUCUCAUUUAACAAAUAUAACAAAAAUCAAAGCUGUAGUGCCAUAACCCACACUGAUUUUUUAUAACAUAAAGAAUAUUUUGAAGUUCCUCUAUCUGAGAUUAAAUGGAGAUCUACUUAAGUUUAACACAUCUUUUGUAGGCAAUUUUAGUUCAAACAUUUUUGGGAUUGAUAUUUACCUGUUAUUUUCUUACAUUUAACUGAAAUACAAAUAAAGUCAUAUUUCGAUUUAUUUGCCCUAUGUCCUAACUCAAGUUUAAAUGAAAUGAACAUAAACAGUAGUGACAUAUCAUUAAAAAAUUUUUUUUAUUACUAUCUGUAGAUUUUAUAUGACUAAUGAGUGAAGAUAUCUUCAAACUGUGUGUGCACCUAAUUUGGUACGCCUAAGUACCGAAUUAACUGAUCUAGAAAACAUUUCAUUUACAAUCUUUUUUUGUUUGCUUAUGGCACUAUAAAAAUAGGGGUGCGAUAUGUUUAAUAUGGGAUAUUUUGAUCUCGAUAUAAGUUUUUAUAGAAGUACUGCCAUGAAACAUAUGGAUCAGUAUUUUACAUAUAAUAAGAUGGUUAAUAUUUAAAACGUUUAAAAAAAGGCACAUCGCACCUCCUCUCUAAUAGUGUUAUAAGUCAAAAAAACAAACUAUCGAGUACUAAGCGUUUGAAAUUGAAUAUAACUGACAAAGUUACUGCAACAGCAACUAUUUGCGUGACAUAAUUUGGGAUAAGAUUUUUGAAGUUUUCUGACAUCAAUAGUACAAAAGAGAUUUUCUAAUUUUGUGAAUUAUGACACUAUUUGAGCGGAGGUGCGACAUGUUGAAUUAUGUAGAUAAUUAAUAUCGGCAGUAAAUAAAAAAUCUACUUACUGGCUAAAGAUACAUAUAAACUAGAAAUAAACUAUUAGCUCCGACUAGUAUAGAAUCACACUUCAUUAGAGGACUUGAUGAGAAAGCGGAUAAAUUUCAAACAAAACGAUCCCUUUGACUUUGUAAGGGUAUCCUUUCAUCACCUCUAUGUAGAGCACUGUUAAUUAGAUACCAACAUUCAGUGGUGAAAUAGGUAUUUACAAAUGGGUCUUUGAACAUUAAAGUUAAUUUUUACUACUGACCAAGUGCAAUUCAGUUAGCAAAGCGAAAUGCGAAUCUAUUUAGUUUGCAAUUUUGAUUUAUUACAUAAUUUUUUUACAUACAUAUUCAAAAUUCUGAUACAAAAGGCACUGGGACAAAAGAAACGAGAAUGUGCAUAUAUACUUUUUUUAGUUCAAUUCUAUCUGCUACUUGUUUUUUCAUAUCAAGAACGUUUGUUGAAAAACAAUAUUUAGAAUAUAUGAAGAAACAAAUAAAGAUUGAUUUUAAACAGUUUCAUGAACUAUUGACCAUUUCAUUUACGUAAAUUAAUCAUCAUGAAAAGCUACGAUUUAUUAAGGCAGAUAGCCAGAGAAAAGGCGGCAUUCUGUAAGGGUGAAAAUCUUAAGCAUUGUUGAUGGCCGGAUUUCAACCGGUAUUUCAUUUACAUAUGUAUUCAAGCGAUUUGAACAUAAAAUUACGAUUGAGCGAAGCAUCUGCUUGAAAAUGAUAUUGUAGUAUCUUCUAAAAUAUAGUUUAAAACUAUGUCAAAUACUUUUGUAGUAACUUUGAAAUAUUCCUGGAGUUUUCCUUCUGUGCUGUUCUUUAAAAACAAAUCAGUUAAAUCUCGUUUUUUUUACUUACCACACAUCCUUUUCUUCUCUCAAAAGUGCAAAUGACACAAUGCAGCUCGUCAUACAACUUGAAAAGUAAGAAUUUUUUUAAAAUACUUUUCUGCCUGCAGCAAGUGAGAACAAUACAUGUUUGCGCCGAAAUCAAUGAAACUUUGAUCGUAACCUUGCUGAAUUGUUAAACAAACCGUAGCUUUCUUCAUGUAUCCAUAAAAAUUAUCGUCAACCCAUAUUGGUACGAGAGCUAGCAAAGUAGGAAAACAACAAUUUCAGGUCAGGCCAACUUUUAGAUAUGCUGUCUCUCUCACUCCCUUGGACGUCAUUCGAGCUUUCUGUUUGGUGGUACUGGUGGCGUUCAUCAGUACGCAUCCAAUCUGUAUAUGUAAAAUAUCAAUUUUUCAAAUCAUUUUAAGAAGUUUCCUUUUGUUUUCAUUAAUUUUAUUGAACUUUUUGAAACAUGAAUCUAUUAUUGCCAGAUAUUUUGAUUGUUGUUUAAAGUGAGCCAAACGCUAAUUUUGAAUCGAAAAAAAUGUUUUUUUUUCAAAAUAUUUUAGUAGAGCUGAAAUUUUUAUAUGAUGUAUACAAGUAUCUAAAAACCUAAAAUUAAGUUGCCAAACCUUCAGCCAGACCGAUCUAAAAAUGAAGUAUCAUUUUGCAUGUUCUAGAAAUAGUUAUCAAAGAAAUUACAGAGGAAGAAUUGAAAACUACUGAAUUAAUUUAUGGGUUAAUAUAUCAAAAUAGUUUUUCAUUAUUGGACAAAAUUAAGACAAUGGUUUUGUAACUGUACACUGUCAUAUUUCAGUUUUAAAUUUACAGGUAUUUGUAGAACUUUUUUAAUUUAUCUUCUAAAAAAAUUAUUAUUUUUCCAUUUCUGUCUUUCCAAAAAACACAUUUCAAUUUUUCACUAGCCAUUGUAUAACAAUUUUGUCAAAAACAUUAAAAACGGCAAUGAAUGAAUCAAUGUGACUAAACUAACGCCAUCUUCACUACAAACAGCUGCUGUCGUCUAUCUCGCUUGCGCAACUAAACGUAAUUGUCUGUACUUACAUGUCCAAUCACUUUUCCAUUUAGAUCCGUCUGGCUGCGCAGCGCAACUAACACGUAGGCCCCUUUCACACCAAACGAAUCCGAAUCAAUCUUCUGGAUCACUCCGAAUCAAGUUAAUAUGAUUCGUCAACUCCACUCUUUCACACCAGCUGAAUCAACCUGAAUCUAUAAAAAUUUUUGUUGCUGUGAUUGACCUGAUUGAACCAGAUUCGUCCGGUCUGACGGCGGAAAGAGUCCCUUCACAUUUAAACGGAGCGCUCGAAGCCGAAUAUUGGUCAAUUAGAUUUAACUUGAUUCUGAUUCGUUUGGUGUGAAAGGGCCUGUAAUUGUCUAUACCUACAUGCCCAAUCACCCAACAUCAUAUAAAAAUUUCAGCCACACUAAAAUAUUUUGAAAAUUUUUUUUUUAAAUAUAAAAACGUUGCUAGCUCUUACACUAUAUUAACAGUACUUCAGUAAUGACUAAAGCAAUACUUCAAUAAUCUACUUCAUAAAACUGUUCCAAAAUAGUGAAUUCAUAUUUGCUAUUUUCAAUUUAAUGAAACAUAUUGCAGUGUACUUGAUGAAAUAAAUCCAUACAAAAAUGAUAUUUCUGUUGUUAAAAUUAGUAUUAAUUAAUAAUAUUUACAAUAAUUAAUGAAUAUUGUGAACUAUUUACAUUAUUGAAAAUCUUAUAUACAAUACAAUCACUAGUGUUAAAUUCACUCUAAAAGGCAAUUUUUAAACCAUUAAAAAAUCAAAGUUUUUUUAGAGAAGCCCUUAUGGUAUCUCGUGUUUAAUUUUUUAACAUGAUAUACAAGAACCCCUAUAUGUAAACUGAGCAGGAAAUAUUUCCAUGCUUAGUUCGAAUUAAAGGAAACUUUGAAGUCCAGAUCGAUAUUUCAGACCAAUUCUGGACCAUUAGGUUUCGUCCAGACUGAAAAGAUCAACUAAAAUCGACAUAUACUAUCAAUUUUAUAUCAGAAAAUUAGGAGUGAAGUUAUGUGAUCUAAAAAAUGUGGUCAAGAAUUGGUCUUUUAAAUUUUCUACUCGAGUUACUGAAAUAUGUAUUCAUCCAGAACCAAAUAAGAACAUUCGAAAAAUAAAUUUGUUACUAGCACAGGGUUUAAUAACGAGUAUUUGAUACUCAAUCAAUUGUAGGAAUCUGAAGACCUGGUAACCACAUGAAAUUAAAUUAUAAAAUCUAUGGAAUGUCGACAAAUAUGGCAAAAUAAAUUACUGAUAAUCAAUUAAAAAUUAAUGAUAUAGUGGAACUACUUUUUUAGCAUCAUCGACAGAUGGAAAAUUACUAACAGCAUUAACCAAAAAUCUCUCCAUUCUUAAUACUUUACAAGUUAUACUAAAAUUAAUAUUUAUAUUAAAAUUAAAGUUAUUGACAAUAUACUAUUAAAAUCUGUUUGAAGGUAGUUAUAUAAUUUUACAUAUUUGUCUAUCUCCAUUAGAUAACUGUAUCAAAUUCCUAAUUUGUUUAAGGAGCUAAAAAUUGUAAAUUAAUAUGCGGUUGGCCAUAUUGCCAAUUUAAAACGUAGGAUUAUUAUCAUAUCUACUGUGAAUAGUCCUAAUGCUCUAUUUAGAGUCUUCCAUGUGGUUCAUAUGAUUUUUCAACUGUUUUUUAUGUAGUCAGCAGAUCCAACGAAGUGCUUUUGUUACUUUUUCAACUUCUGGAUUAAUUGUUAGC